AUGGCCAACCUCACCAUGGUGACAGGAUUCCUCCUGAUAAGCUUUUCCAACACCUGGGAACUACAGGUCUUACAUGCCAUACUCUUCUUACUCAUCUAUCUGGUGGCUUUGAUGGGGAACCUGCUCAUCUUCACCCUCAUCUCUCUGGAUGUCCAUCUCCACUCCCCCAUGUACUUCUUCCUGAAGAACCUGUCCUUUUUAGAUCUUUGCUUUAUUUCUACCACACUGCCUAAAUGUAUCAGAAAUUCCCUGAGCCAUAGUCAUUCCAUUUCUUUCUUAGGGUGUCUAUUACAGUUCUUUUUAGUAAUUUUCUUUGCAGAAUCAGAGCUUUCUCUCCUCACAAUGAUGUCCUAUGAUCGCUAUGUGGCUAUCUGUCAGCCCCUGCACUAUGAAGUCAUCAUGACCAAAGAGAUUUGUGUGAAGAUGGCAAUUGUUUCCUGGCUCAGUGGAGGUUUGUUAGGGGCUCUCUACUCAGCUAGUAUAUUCACCUUGCCUUUCUGUAGCUCCAAAGAGAUCCACCAGUUCUUCUGUGAUGUCCCUGCCUUACUCAGGAUCUCCUGCUCUGAGAGACACACUGUAGUUGAUUUCACUAUGGCUUUUGGGUUUGGUUUGGGAAUUUUAUGUUUUAUUUAUAUCACAAUAUCUUACAGCUACAUCUUCUCAACUGUACUGAAGAUUCCAACCACAGAGGGUAGGUCAAAAGCCUUCUCCACUUGCCUGCCCCAUCUCAUUGUUCUCAUGGUUUUUAUCACAACAGGUGCCAUUGCUUAUCUAAAGCCACCCCAGGAAUCUGACUCAGUUCUAGAUCUGUUGUUGUCUAUAAUUUAUACAGUGGUGCCCCCAACCCUGAACCCUUUCAUUUAUAGCCUAAGGAACAGGGACAUCGAAACUUCUCUGAGGAAGCUAAUAGCCUGGAAAUACCUCUCAUAG